CUAAUUUCAAAACCAAUUCUCACUCCCUUUCUCUCUCUAUAACUCUUCAUCCCAUCAUCUUCCAUUAAUGGCCUCAAACAGUGGACUCCCCUUUGAUCCAGAUCCCAUCAGAUUUCCCCAUGAACAUAAUAAACAACCCAUCAUAAAACUUGAUCUCCCUUUCCUCUCCUCCUCCUCUUCCAUGGAGUCUCCGGUCAACAACAGGUCGCCGCCACCCACUAUCCAGUUCCCGGUCAACCUCAAAUCCGCCGACCACCACCGCAACCCCCAUCAAGAACCCUACGACGGCGAUGAUCAAAAACGGACCGCCGCUGUCGUCCUAGACGAAUUGGACUUCUUCUCCUGCAAAAAGGAUUCCGGGUCCGGUCCCGCCGCCGCCGCGGCCCGGGACGCCGCCGCCGACCGCGACGUCAAAGAUUUCAGUGUAAACACUGGCUUGCACCUUCUCACAGCCAACACAAACAGCGAACAGUCGGUAGUGGACGAUGGGUCGCCACCUAAUUCGGAAGAUAGAAGAGCUAAAAGCGAGUUGGCAGUUGUUCAAGUAGAACUGGAAAAGACGACAACAGAAAACCGACAAUUAAAGGAGGCAUUGAAUCAAAUGACGAACGAUUACACUUCUUUGAAGAUGCAUGUGAUGACUUUAAUGCAACAACAACAUAUUAGUAGUGAAGGGAAAAUGAUGGGGGACAACAAUAAACAAACACGCUGUGACGGAGGGAUAAUGUUGCCAUCCGGUAAGCAAUUUAUGGAUCUUGGUCUUGCCGGGGGAGGACAGGAGGCGGAUGAGGCUUCCCAGUCUUCGUCGGACGGGCGGAGUGGCGAGCAAGAUCGGAACAAGGCUUCUAGAGAAGAUAGUCUAGAGAAAGGGUCAUCCGCCGCAGGGUGGCGAUCUAGUAGCAGUAACAAUAAUAAUAACAAUAAUAAUAAGGUUGCUAGAUCUGGGAUCGCUUCGAAAAGCAGUAGCGUGGAUCAAGCGACCGAAUCCACAAUGAGGAAGGCUCGCGUCUCCGUUAGAGCUCGAUCCGAGGCUCCCAUGAUCACAGACGGUUGUCAAUGGCGGAAAUAUGGCCAGAAAAUGGCAAAAGGGAACCCUUGUCCCCGAGCUUAUUACCGGUGCACCAUGGCCGCCGGUUGCCCCGUUCGGAAGCAAGUUCAAAGAUGCGCCGAGGACAGAACAAUAUUGAUCACUACCUACGAAGGCACCCACAACCACCCGCUGCCGCCGGCCGCCAUGGCCAUGGCCUCCACCACUUCCUCCGCCGCCAAGAUGCUCCUUUCCGGCUCCAUGUCCAGCGCCGACGGCCUCAUCAACUCCAACUUUCUCGCCAGAACCCUUCUCCCCUGUUCUUCCAGCAUGGCCACCAUCUCCGCCUCCGCCCCGUUUCCCACCGUUACUUUGGACCUCACCCAAAACCCGAACCCGCUCCAACUCCCAAAGCAGGCCACGAACCCGUUCCAGUUCUCGUUCGCGAACCCGAACCCGAACCCGAACUCGCCCGCUUUCUUGCCUCACCUCUUUGGUCAGGCUUUGUAUAACCAAUCCAAGUUCUCCGGACUCCAACUCUCCCAGGACUCGUCGGAGAAUAAUAUUCACGCGCCGCUGCAUCCGUCUCAGCUGGCGGAGACCGUUAAUGCCUUGGCCACCGAUCCCAACUUUACGGCGGCCCUGGCCGCCGCCAUUACUUCUCUCAUCGGGAACCCGUCCGGUUCCGGCAAUAAUAACGGCAGCGGUGGCAAUGAUGACGUCAACCGUUAGUUCAGAGCCAAACAAAUUAAAAAAUAGAUAUACACAAAACACAUUAAUUUCUUCUUGCCCUCCCUAAGUUUUUUCUCUUUUUCGUUCCACUUAUUUGAUUAUAUCUGCUUCCACUUUUAUACCUUUUUCCCUUGUUAUAUUUUUCCUAGUGUUUGGAAUCUCAGCUCGCCCUAAACAUUUUUGUAUUUCUAAGUUUUGCCUUCGCCUAAUAAUGUAAUUAUAUAUAGUAUUUUUACUCAAUGUAUGCCGUUGACGAAAUACAAUAUAUGCUUCUUUGGUUU